AUGGCAAUUGAAGGAAUGAAGAAGGAGUCUACUGAUGCCUAUGAAGACUUCAUGAGACAAGGGCCGGAGCACUUCUAUAGGGCAUUCAUAACGGCUGGUCGAAACCGUGAUACCUUCGAGAACAAUUUGAGCAAGACUUUCAAUGCGUAUAUUCGCAAGCAAAGAGAGAUGCCAAUUGUUGAUAUGCUAGAGGGGAUGAAAACAACAUUGAUGGUGAGAACGUAUGAGAGAAGUCAGCUGAUGGUAGGUUCUAGAGAUGAAUUAUGCCCAAGAAUUAGGGUAAAGGUAGAGGAAGCAAAGACGAAGUCUAGGUUUUGUGUUGCAAAACCAUGUACUGGGAAAAAAAUUGAAGUUGAACUGGAUGAUGAUAAAUUUGUGGUGGAUCUCAAAGGGAGGACAUGUGCUUAUAGGCAGUGGGAUAUAUCCGAUGUACCUUGUAGCCAUGCAAUUUCAUGUAUAAAUUACAUGAAGUAUGAGGUUAAUCAUUAUGUGGAUGAUUAUUUCAAGAAGGAUGCAUACGAAAGAUGCUACCAACUUCCAUUGCCGACAUUGAAUGGGAAGAAAAUAUGGCCAAUGUCCAUUGAUGAGCCAAUAUUGCCUCCGCCAUUUAGAAAACUUCUAGGGAGACUCAAGAAAUAA